UAGACUUCGAACAUUCGGAAUAAACAAGAUGUCGGAACUAAACGCUGAUGUGAAGUUUGUGCGAUUUUUUUUUAAAUUAGGCCGUGUUGUAGGAAUUAUUCCUUUGUAUACAAAUAAAUCGAGCAUAAAAAAGAAACUGAUUUCGAUUUUGUAUCUCUCAGUGUUAACUCUAAUACUUUGCAGUGUAUUUAUUUUAUCCGUAUGGGAUCGUCAAGUUAUAUACAAAACAAUGAAAUUAACAAACGAGGUCGUAGAUUUUCUAGUGAUUUUAACAAAUUUUGUUUUUAUUUUAACAAUUCGAAUUGGAAACAUACUUCACUGCAGAUACUUUUCUGAUAUUACAGAAACAUGUGAACAAAUAGACUGUUGUCUGAAAAAUGCUGGAUAUAGAGUUUGCAAAAGACAUAUCAUCAUACUUUAUUUAGAGUUUGCUGGUUUUCAUUCACUGUACUUUGGUAUACACUUGUACGAAUUUUACUACCGACUAAUGAAUCAUCAAGAUAGUUUUCUCAUAUGGAUGAUGUAUUUGCCAAGUUUUAUGAAAUUAUACCAUCAGUUGUAUGUAAUCAAUUUGGUUACUAAGAUGAACUAUAUUGUAAAUGCAAGAUACAAAUUUUUGAAACAGUGCCUGGAGAACAUCAUCAGAAGAGACAAACUGAACGUAGGCUCGCUCGAAUUGGACAAAAAGACUCUGAACUUGGAUCAAAUUUAUUACGUUUUCAAACUGCUGUUCCAAUUGGUUUCUUACAUUAAUAUCCUCUUUGGUUGGCAGAUAUUUUUUGUACUUUGCUGUACCGUGCUAGAAAUUCUAAAUAUAAUUAACUUCAUUAAACAAGAUCAGAUGUGGUCUGUCUUAGCGGUGGAUUUGGCAUAUGGAGCUAUUUACAUCAUUUCAACGAUCGCCAUAGUAAAAUCUUGUGACGACGUCCAAACUAGUGCAGAACAAAUCCUGAUGUGUUGCUAUACCAGCCAAGAAACCCUGAAGGGGACGCAAUUAGAAAACGAAAUUCUAAGAUUUGCGAAGCUAAGUAGGCCUUUACUGCCCCAGUAUUCUGCAGGCGGAUUUAUAAUAGUAAAUCAGAAAGUCUUGUCGUCACUGUUUUCGGCUACCUUAACUUAUUUGAUCGUUAUUAUUCAGUUCGAUUUAACUACUUAAUUUUGAACAUACCAUAAGGCAUUUUAAGACUGUUUUUGAUCUCUUUUAUAGUAAUAUUAAAUAAGACUACUCAAAAAUACUUAUGAGCAAGUAGAUUUAGAAUUUUAUAAGCACUGUGUGAAUAUCAAAAUGGCUAAAAAGUAAUACUUUGAGUUUAAUAAGAGCUUUUUUGAAAUGUAAAUUGG